AGGCGACCACCUCUUGAGGAUCAACUAUCCCGGGAAAAAACACCGUGAGAUAAAAAAAAAACAGAUCUGCCUAUGAGUGAGGAACUCAAGCGAGACUACGAGAUCGGCGAGGAGAUUGGCCGCGGCCGCUUCGGCGUCGUCCACCGCUGCGCCUCCCGCUCCACGGGCGACCUCUACGCCGUCAAGUCGGUGGACCGGUCGCGCCUCUCCGACGACCUGGACCGCGGGCUCGCCGAGCUGGAGCCCAAGCUGGCGCAGCUCGCCGCCGCGGGGAACCCCGGCGUCGUGCAGGUGCACGCGGUCUACGAGGACGAGUCGUGGACGCACAUGGUCAUGGACCUCUGCGAGGGCCCGGACCUCCUCGACUGGGUCCGCCUCCGCCAGGGCGCGCCCGUGCCGGAGCCCGAGGCGGCCGCCGUGGCCCUGCAGAUCGCCGAGGCGCUCGCCAUCUGCCACCGCCGCGGGGUCGCGCAUCGCGACGUCAAGCCGGACAAUGUCCUCCUCGACUCCGGCUACGAAGGGGGGUCGCCCGCGCCCCUGCGCGCGCGGCUCGCGGACUUCGGGUCCGCGGCGUGGGUCGGCGGCGGGGGCAGCGCGCAGGGGCUCGUGGGCACGCCGCACUACGUGGCGCCCGAGGUGGUGGCCGGGGGCGAGUACGGGGAGAAGGCGGACGUGUGGAGCGCCGGGGUCGUCCUGUACGUGCUCCUCAGCGGCGGCGCGCUGCCCUUCAGCGGCGAGACGGCGUCCGACGUCUUCGCGGCCGUGCUGCGGGGCGGCCCGAGGUUCUCGCCGAGGCUGUUCGCCGGGGUGUCGCCGCUGGCCAAGGACCUCAUGAGGCGGAUGAUGUGCCGCGACGUCUCCAGAAGGUUCUCCGCCGAGCAAGUCCUCGGGCAUCCGUGGAUCUUGAACGGAGGAGGAGCCCGAGAGGCGGUGCAGCCAACCUGAAGAGUCCAUAUCAGGCCGUGUCGACUGUUCCGUGUAGAUGAUGUUCUUGUCUAGAAGCCUUUGUAUAUUCGCGAGUGUGCGAAGCAGUAGAGUGUGUCGACUGUCGAGUACUACCAUUGUAUUAAUCCAGGAGUGCCGAAGAAGAGAUCUUUAGGAGCGUGGGAGGUUGUUUCUCUAUGCUUUUUUAGCUGCCCUGGGACCUUGGUUAGAGAACGCUCUUGCCUGUUCGGUUUCUAUGUGAUGUGGAUGUAGGAUGCUGAUGUACAUACUAACCCUGUAUAAAACCUGAAUAAAAUGAUCUUUCUCCAGAUUUUUCUCUA